AGAGCUUAUUGCAAUACGCUCUAGAUGUCUGGUUUGGAUUGAUGGGUUCUGUGGCGUACGGUGUAAUAACAGGAAGUAUCACAUGGGCCCACACGUGUAUGUAAAGAAUGUUUAUAAAGGUAGUGAAUUAUAGAUAUUCGAGCUUUUAUAUAAUGUAGUUCAUUUGCAUUUACACGGGGGAUAGUUAGUGAGCCAAACUUGAUGAUCAGGGUGGUAUCCAUCCGUUUAAUCAGUCGUUAGUUUUAGCCGAGUGUGUGUGGUCAUGUCUCAGCCAGCACUAUUGCAGUUUCACCAAGAGCUCAGAAAAUGCUUUCAGAGUUUAAAGGCGAAUCAAACUGUUUGGAAUGGAGUGCUUGAGGAAUGUACACCUUUGCUGAGUUCCUUGGGGAACCUGGCAGAACAGCUGAGGGCGCUGAAGAGCGUUGAAAUUGCAAACACUCCACUCAGUACUUUUCCAAACCUUCCAGAGCGCCUUCAGCACAAACUGCUCAAUGCUGUAGACACAGUCCUGGGGGAAUUAAGUGAGAAAGUGAAUGCUCUUGAUUUGAUGCGAGCUUCAGUCUGUAAGCAGGUGGCUGCUGUUUUCCAGAUGUAUGAACAAAACUCUGAGCUACUUCCUAUUAGCACAUGUGUGGCCAGAUGUGCUCUCUCGCCCUCUAUCGCCGACAUGCUGGAGUGGCUACAGGACACGGAACGCUACUAUCGGAUGCAAUGCAUCCAGAGGAAGAACCUGUUACAGCUACUGAAGCCGGAUGAUCUUACACUCCUCGAGACAGCACCAAAGAGAUGGACAUCUUUAGAUUCGCCUAGAGGAGAGGACAGAAUUUCAGACCCCUCUCCUUGGCAACAGUGGCCAUGACAACAGGACAGGAAUUGAAAUGAGCGGGGAGGAUCAGGUGCAGGUGGGGGAGACACAAAGGACGGCAAGGACAGAACGAUGGCCGGGACAGCGAGAGAGCGCUUAUACGUGCUUCCUUUGAGAAUCCACACGCAAAAGGGCAGUACGUAGGGAAACGUGGCUUAUUUAAACUGUUCAUUCACCUGCACCGAACGAGAGAAUCAAGUUACAGGUGAUUCCAGACAUAUUUUCAUGAUUACAUAUUUAAUGACCCGGAAAAACCUUUGAUUGAUAUGAAGGAGGGUUCGAAUGAUUCCACAAACCAUUGAGCCCGUGUUACUCUCAUGAGACUGGUAUAAAUUGUGCAGCUUUUCAAUGUAAAAUCAGAUUCAGAAUGAAUAACGGUCCAUUUGAUGCUUAACACAUCUUAUACAUGAGUUGGAGUGUUUUCAUGUUUACCAGCAUGUUGUGGUAAAUCCUCGAUCAGGCACAACCCUGUGCACUGGGGAGAUGAAUCCUCACCUAUUCGUUCUAGAUUAGCAGAAAAAUGCGACCUGCAUCCUUCAAGAUGGAGGACUCAAUAAUACAGUACAGACUCUGGGAGUGCAUAUCAUAUUGUAUCGCAGGGGGACGACGACAGUGGCUUAGCCGUUAGAACAUUCGCCUCGUAUUUCCAGGGUUAGGGGUUCAAAUCCCACCUCUCGUUUAGGUCACCUGUGCAUCCUCCCCAGGUCCAAAGACAUGUAGGCUGAUUAACAUUUGUCCGUAUUGUGCGAUUGUGCCCUGUGAUUGAUCGGCACACCAUCCAGGCCUUGUGCCACAAGUAGUUGUGCCCUCCAGGCUCCCCUGGAGCAGCAUGGAAGAUGGAUGGAUGGAUCGUGUUGCAUGAUUUUAAGCUAAUCUUGAUCUUGGGACUCUUUCCUGACCACACUAUGUAAUGAUAGACAGAGGACUUUAUCGGUCAUAGUUGUUACUCUUUACGUGAAAAAUGUUUACGCAUUUGUUGUUAGUUUAGUGAUCUUCUGCUAUGCCUGCCUUCUUAGCUGUGUAUACUGUAUCUCCUGAUCACAUAGGACAAACAAUUUUGGACAUUAAAAAAAACAACCUGAAUGCUAUGUGAUACAAUUCACACAAACAACAACGACGACGACGACGAUCUUAUUUGUGGUAGCGUUUUUGAGAUUUCAUAAAUCAGGGUUGCUGUAGCCUUCUUGUACAUGAAAAGUACAAGGAUAAUGUCUAAAUUUGAGAAUUAAGGGCAGAUUCAGAGAGAGGGGGUGUGUUGUGUAUUAGGCAUGGUAUUUACAUUAUGUACAGUAUAUUGCAUAUUAAUAGUUUUACCCAAUAAAUACAACAUUAAAAGGUAGUGUAGUAUUUCCUGUUGUAAUAUUAUCGGCAAAUGUUUUCGGCACGGUAAUAAAACAGCAGGAACUGGUUUUUCCCUUGGGGAUGUUCUCAUAUAGGUUUAGGAAAGUAAGAGCCUUUAACAGUUCUUUGGCGUUACUUCUAGAGGAACCCGGUUCUAUGUUUACUGGACCAAUAGAAAACUUAAUUAGCUAAUAAUAAUAAUAAUAAUAAAAUCAUCAUCAUCAUCAUCAUCAUCAUACCUAGCCUUGAAGAACAGAACUUCAAUCAUGAUGCAGUCGCUUCCAUUUCCUGUCGAAAAUGUAACCGUGUUAAAUUAGUGUAUUCAGUAGGGUUUAAAAAGUAACAGUCAAGAACAUGUGGUUUUCAUGUGCUGUUAAAUCCUGAAGCCAUCCCUCUCUUUAUGGGCGUCCUUGACACAUACACUACAUGGCCAAAAGUUUGUGGACACCUCAUAUCCCGAUUUAUUCCCCCUUUGCUGUUAUAAUGCGCUUUACUCUUCUGAGAAGGGUUUCCACUAGAUUGUGGAGCGUGGCUGUGGGGAUGCGUGAUCAUUCAUCUACAAGAGCGUUAGUGAGAUCAGGCGCUGAUAGGUGAGGAGGUCUGGGGUGCAGUCGGUGUUGCAAGUUCAUCCCAAAAGGUGUUCAUUGGGGUUGAGGUCAGGGCUCUGUGCAGGACACUCGAGUUCUUCCAGUACAAGCUCGCUUUGUGCACAGGAGCAUCAUCAUGCUGAAACGGGUUCGAGCCUCUUCGUUCCAGUGAAGGGAAAUUAUACUGCUACAUCAGUUUAAAAAAAACACACCACACCAUUCUAUACAAGUGUGUGCUUCCAACUUUGUGGCAACAGUUUGGAGAAGAACCACAUAUGAGUGUGAUGGUCAGAUGCACACACAACUUUUUUCCAUAAAGUGCAUCUUCAUCCUAGAAACAGACCUGGAUAUCUUGGUGGUUCUUAAGUCAAACUAUUAUGGAAUUUGACCAGUAAAUUGGCUGCAAUUUCUAUACAUUUACCUAAAGAGACUUCAUAUCCUCAAUACUGCAGUUUAGAUUAAUCUUCAUUUUCUUAAUUAACAUCGAAUGGGUUUUUAAGUUCAUCGUUCCAGAAACUAUGCACAGGCAAACCAGCAUUCGUAUCAAUAAGAAAUAAGGACCAACAGAAGAGAUAUAGGCGUAAAAUACCAGUUUAUUACUUUGCACAAUAACACGAAUAGUCCCUGCAGGCUAAAUAAAAUUUAAAAAAAAUUAAAAAAAAAAAAAAUUCAACAACAAAAAAAAAAAAAAAAGGAAGAGGGGAUUAUUAUUAUUUUUUUAAAAACGUCAAAUAGCAAUACACCAAAUGAUGUGGCACCCUAACAGGAGGCCAGAGGAAGCCCCAGCAGGUCAACAAGAGCGCCCUCUAUUGCUACUAGACAGGUCACACAGCUCAAAACAUUAAAAUACAGCACAAAAGCUACACGCACAAAAAAAAAAAAAAGGAAAAGAA